UCCUCAGCCCAACCAACCCCCAACUCCUCGCACCAUGUCUUGCUGUUGUCUUCCCCGUUGCUGCUGCAGCGUCCCCACUGGCCCUGCCACCACCAUCUGCUCCUCUGACAAGUGCUGCAGGUGUGGAGUCUGCCUGCCCAGCACCUGCCCUCAUGACAUCAGCCUGCUGCAGCCCACCUGCUGUGACAAUUGCCCCCCACCCUGCUGUGAGCCUGACACCUACGUGGCAUCUUGCUGGCUGCUCAACUCUUCCCACCCAACCCCUGGCAUGAGUGGGAUUGAUCUGACCACCUAUGUUCAGCCUGGCUGUGCGAGUCCCUGUGAGCCCUGCUGUUAAGCUGCUGCCGUGGUCUUUGGAAAGUUCAGUGAUGCAGCGGCAACAUCCAGUGUGCCACACCGCCAUCAACACCUGCUCCCCCUUCCAUUUCCCUCAGCCCAUCCCAGUUCCAUGUUUUCAUGGAAUGUGCCC